CUCUCUCUCUCUCUCUAAAUCCAAAUCCACUUUAAAAGAGUCCCCUACUCAAAGAGCAUUGGCAUUGGAAUCUUGAAGAUACCCAACUUUUUGAUAUCUUUCAAAACCCAACUCUCACUUUCACUUCCUUUCAUCUAUAUCGAUCUCUAACACAACACAAACACUCCUCUCUCUCUAAUGGCUACUACUUCUACUAAUAGAACUCCACUGUUCCUCAUGGCCUCACACCCAACCAUGAACACCGUUUAUGAAGAAACCAAAUCACCCACCUCAAAAACUCGAGGGAGAAAGCCUAGCAAGGGACCAACCCAGAAAAAACAAGCCCAGAGAGGACUCGGUGUUGAAAAGCUUGAGCGACUCAGGAUCCAAGAGAGUUGGAAGAAGAUGACUGAAUUUCCCAGCAGCCUCCCUGAUCCUCAGCCUCCUCUUCAGUGCCAAACUCCAUUUAUGUCACCCUUCACUGAACAUCACGUUUCUGGGUCUGUUCCAGUUCAGUACCGUGCGCCUGCACCUCCAUCUUCAGUUGUUAAUGGCAGCUGUGGGGCUGGAAAUGGAGGUGCUGGGUUUGGUGGGACUUUUGGGAUGCUGAUGUCUGAUCAGGUUGUGUUGAAUCCGUACGCUGGGAUUGGGGUUCCGGAUCCUAGAGUUUUUGUUGAGACCUCUAGAGAGCUCUCUUCAAUGCCAAAGUUGCAAUCUGUGCCUCACAACUGUGAUCUCUGCUUGAAGUUGCAGAAAAAACGCUUCAAUGGGGGAAAUAUAGGGUUUGAUGGAGGGAGAGACCAGAAUAGUGAGAUAUCUCCAAUCAGUGGCUCUGGUUUUUACGGAUCAAAUCUUGAAAACAUCCCAAACUUCACUAGCAAUUUUGGUGCCACAGCACCCAAGCAUGCCACUCGCAACCUUGAUCAGGGUGUAGAAGUUGUGGCAAUUCACAGGAAGGGAAAUUCAAUGGGUGGAAGUGUUUUCAUGGAAUACGAGUUUUUCCCUGGGAAAAGUGGCAGAGGCACUUCUUCCAAGGGGCUUGAUGAAUUGCCUAGAGAAGCUUCAGUUGCUGUGCGUGGUGAACCUUCUUAUCCUACUACUACUGCUUAUUGUGCCACUUCUAGUUCUGUUGAUUUGUCACUCAAGCUUUCAUAUUAGAACCAAAAGGUGUCUAUUUUUGUUUUUGGGCUGUUUACAUCAGUGUGUAAUGUGUGUGAAAAACAACCCAUACACACAGCCUUUUGGUUUCCCUUUUGUUGUUAAACUAAUUCAGCUCUAAUGCUUGACCUCUCUCUCUUC